GAAUAUUUAGAUGAUAAGAGACUCAAGCGCAAACAACCAUUGGAUGUUCUUCUCUGGUGGAAGAAUAAUGAAUCUCGGUUCCCAGAGCUUGCUCACUUGGCCAGAGAUAUUUUGAGCAUUCCAAUCACAACCGUAGCAUCGGAGUCGGCUUUCAGUAUGGGAGGUAGAGUGUUAAACAACUGGCGAAGCUCUCUUUUGCCCGAAAAUGCCGAAGCUUUGAUAACCACACGCAAUUGGUUAUAUGGGUUUCCAAGUGAUGAUCGUGAUAAUGGGCUUGAGGUGAAGAUUUCAAAGGCUAUUGGAACAUCCUCGAUGGCUGCUAAUUAUACUCCUAUCUCUGAUGAAUGAUUGAAAAGAUGUAAUGCUGAAUGUUUUCUGAUUGAGUUAUGAACCCGAUUGAGUUUUGUUUGCCUGAUGCAAAGAUGUAAUGAACCCGAUUGAGUUUUGUUUGCCUGAUGCAAAGAUGUAAUGCUGAAUGUUUUCUGAUUGAGUUAUGAACCCGAUUGAGUAUUGUUGAUGAUGAAAAGGUUCUUGUAUAGCUGAUUACCCUGUUCAAGUUAGAUCACAGGCCCUGGAGUUUGCAACUUGAGCAGGCAUCUUAGCAAAUCUGUCAUGGUGACUUGGGU